UAAUUUUCCAUUUACUCACUAGGGGUACUAGUACUUUAUUUUCCUCUAUCUAAUUAACAAUUUAUAGAGCAUUUCACCAAAUGGGUUUUAGCAUUUUAGGUUAUAGGCCCUUUGUUAGGUGAGCACACACGCACUGAGAUUAUACAAGGAGAUCGCCGUAAUCCGAGGAUGCCAUUUUCUUGAACUGAUCUCUGUAUCUUUUAAUUUAUUGUUUUUUCCAUAGAAAUUGUUAACAAUUGAGAUAGAGGCCUAAUAAUAAUUGGAAAUUUUUGUAUGGGUAGUGUUUUUGUUUUUUGAAUUUUUAUAAUUUGGGGUUUCUUUGUGUUCAUGGGUUUUGAUUCCAUGGCUGCUGGUGAGGGAGUGGUUGGAGUUGGUUCCCAGAUUGCUGUUGUUGAGAAAAUUGAAAUUGUUAAUGAAAAUAAAACCGAGAAUUUCAGGUCUGCUAAGUAUGGGGAAUCGGAUGUAAGCAAUGGUGUUAAAAUUUCUGAUUCGAAUUCGGAUGCGGAUUCGAAAUCGGAGCUGCAAAUGAAGAACUUUGUUGAUAUGCUGAAGAAACUCGAGUUGAAUCCCAUGGCGAAGGAGUUUUAUCCUUCCAAUUAUUAUGAUGCUCAAAUGGGUGAUUACAACUUUGUGCUUUCAGAUAAGAAUUUGGGAAAUGAUGGUUUCCCUAAUGAUCCAAGGAGAAGAAAUAACUACAACCCAAACAGGAGGAGAAUGAUUGGCAGAGCUGUUCGAGCUCAAAGGGAAGAUAGCGUUAGGCGAACUGUCUAUGUAUCUGAGAUUGAUCACAAUAUUACCGAGGAGCGGCUUGCUGCCCUAUUCAGCACUUACGGACAUGUUCUCGAUUGCCGGAUAUGUGGCGACCCACACUCCCGUUUCCGCUUUGCUUUUGUAGAAUUUGGAGAUGAUUAUUCUGCUAGAGCUUCUCUUAUCCUUUCUGGUACACUCUUAGGUUUCUCUCCUAUCAAAGUCUUGCCUUCUAAAACUGCUAUUCUCCCCGUCAAUCCCACAUUCCUUCCUAGGUCAGAGGAUGAGCGUGAAAUGUGCGUGAGGACAGUUUACUGUACAAAUAUUGACAAGAAGGUUACUCAAGCUGAUGUCAAGAAUUUCUUUGAAACAAGAUGUGGGGAGGUUUCCCGUCUGAGGCUCUUGGGGGAUCAGAUGCACUCCACACGGAUUGCUUUUGUUGAAUUCUUCAUGGCUGAGAGUGCAAUCCUGGCUCUUGACUGCUGUGGUGAAAUCCUGGGAUCCCAGCGAAUCAGGGUGAGCCCGUCAAAGACACCGGUGAGGCCACGGAUGCCCCAAGCUGGAGUCGUCUACUCCUCAUAGGUGAAUGAUGAUGGUUCUGGUACUCGUCUGUUUCAGUUUUCCAUCUUGUGGGGAACAGUGACAUUUUUUUUCCUUUUUAUCUGUUCCUGAAUUUAAAUUCUGAGUUUUUUUUUGUUUUGGUGACGCUAACUCGGCUACGUUUUAUGAUAUUUAAACAUGGAAUGCUCUUUAGCUUCGCCAAA